AUGCCGACUCUCACCGCACCUCAUAGCCCAGGCGCGCGCGCGCGCUCCGUGUCUCAGCCUCUGCGCGAGGGCAUCGAGACCGAUUUUUUCGCAUACGUUCCCGGCUCGGACAAGCGUCCCAUGACCUAUGGCCGCACCAGCUCGUCCAACAACACGUCCGGCAGCUACGGGCGGUCCUCCGGGGCACAGGUACAGGGCCUGAUGCCCCAGCCGCAGCGCAAGGGCCGUACUCGCUCCGGCUCGCUCGUGACCGUCACCGAAGUCGGCGGCGACGAACCCGACACGAUCAACGACCGUGUUGGAGUGUCCAACCACAACGCCGGCUGGGUCAACUCCCCCGGCGCAUGGGUUAUCCACCCCGUGCUCAUCCUCGGCGCCAAGCUCCUUAUCGACGCCAUCCCUGGCAUCGACAACUCGCUGUCGUGGACCAUCGUCAAUGUCGGAUACAUGAUCUUCUCGUUCGUCAUGUUCCACCACGUUACGGGUAUGCCAUUUGAGACUGCGAUGUCAACAGGCGGCGCAUACGACGAGCUCACGCUUUGGGAGCAGAUCGACGGUGGCGCCCAGUACACGCCUGCCAAGAAGUGGUUGACGAGUGUGCCCAUUGGACUAUUCCUGAUCUCGACGCACUACUCGAACUACAAUUACAACCUUUUCGCUAUCAACUUUACGGCUCUCAUUGUUGUCUUGUUCCCCAAGCUUCCGAUUCUCCACCGCCAGCGUUUCCACUUCCUCCAGCAGGACCCGGUCACCCCAUCAACGUCGCGUCCUGCCUCCCCGGGCUCCAAGGGAUCGUUCUAA